GUGAUAAAUUCCGCCUUGUUCUGGCAACAACGGUUAUGGUUACCCUGACGAUGGGGAGUACACACCCCUUUACGACAGCACACCCACCAAGGCAGACAGCUUGAGUACGUCAUGUACGGCAUUGUGUACAGAAUUGAUGGGGAUGAGAGCAUGACAGAGGCCGCAUCCAGACUUUCAUGGAGGCUCACUUUGUUGAUCAACCAUCACGUCCAGUCUGGUCACCAUGGCAACUGAACAGCCUCAGGCCCUGCCUCCAGCAGCCAUUGGUCAAGAUCGCCGCUUACCAAUUCCAAUCAGCAAUGGGCGUAGUCGAGGGCAACGCAAGACACCUGUCAGCUUUGUUGUUGUACCUGUCAGUGAUCUGGGUUACCCUGUUGGUUCACCAGGGAGUAGCAUCUGGGCUUAUACACCAGGGAGCAGUGGUGACUGGAUCCCAAGUAUCAACUUAGAGGACAUACCAGGCACAGCAGCUAACAGGAUGCCUAACUUCCCCCAUCCAGACACUGUCAAGAGAGGAUGGCUUCCAAAUGAACAAACACCUGUCAGCCGGUUUGGUGAGCAACAUGAGCCAAUGUCUGGCAUGCAUCAUAACAUGGCCAUGGGAGAUGGGGGAGGGGUGACAGCUCAUGGAAUGGCGGGAGUGGUCUGGAACCCUGUAGCCACCAUGCAACUUCACGGCACCAAUCCAAAGGUGUGGGGAGCAUGGAGCCAGCUGGUCAUGUGACGUGAGGACACCUCUCCGUCCAUUCCUAUAGAGGGCGCUGUUCGUCACAGCUGCAGCAUCCACAAGAGAUAGUUAAGUUAAUUAAUUUUUCUUCAAUGGCCAGUAGCCAUAGAGGGCGCCAUAAUGCUAUCUGGUUUGUUCACAGACAUAUAAACACAUAGACCACCAGUGGUGCGCGUGAAACCAUGAUUUAAUAAUUGGGCAAAAUGUUUGUUGACAGCGCGCAUAACUGCGAUGCCACUCAAUGCACCAACGCUCUUAGUACAGUACAAUAACAUUUAAAUACAGUUCAUAAAAAUACAGUUCAUUUAUACCGAGAGGUGAAUUUGCCCAUGGUUUUGAUUUUAGUCGGGCGCUAGGCAAAUCACGAAAUGCUCAUGUAGUUUGAAUAGGACCUGGCGGUCUAUGCAUUUAUAUGUCUGUGGGUUUGUUGCCUCACCUACCAAAAAAUUUGCUGACAGCAUAAUUCAGAGAAAAGAAUGAAAACGAAAUAAUUAGGCCUAGGCCUUGGAAUAAAAAAAAUUGUAUUCUGUGAAAGUGAAGAUGAUGACGUAAACUGCGAGUAGUUUGUAUUUAACUUUAUUUAUGUUAGGCCAAAAAAAAAAA